AUGGAGCUGAAUUUUACACAGAGAGGGCGCGACUUUCUAGAGUUACGCGCGCUGGCGCAGAAACUUCUGACUAGGGGGAACAACUACUCUCUGCGUCUGGAUAACUACUCUCUGUUUGACAACGGAUCGGAGCUCGAUCAGGAGGACUCAUUGGACGUCAACACUAACAUCUACUCUAAGGUCCUGGUCACUGUGAUCUAUAUCGCGCUCUUUGCCGUCGGCUGCUUAGGGAACUCUGUUACGCUAUACACCCUGGUGACCAAGAAGUCCCUCCAGAAUAUCCAAAGCACUGUCCACUACCACCUGUCCAGUCUCGCCGUCUCCGACCUGCUAAUACUAGUCCUCAGCAUGCCCGUCGAGCUAUAUAAUUUCAUCUGGGUCCAUCAUCCGUGGGCGUUCGGAGGAGUUGUUUGUAAAGGCUACUAUUUCAUUCGGGAUGCCUGCUCGUAUGCCACGGCGUUCAACAUCGCCAGCCUCAGCGUCGAGCGUUAUAUGGCGAUAUGCCACCCUUUCAAGGCGAAGAGCAUCAUGUCCUGCAGCCGCACCAAAAAGCUGAUCAGCGGGAUGUGGGUGGCUUCGUUCCUCCUGGCCUCUCCGAUGCUCUUCACCAUGGGACAGAAGUAUCAUGGACCCCACCGGGAGAAGAUAUGCACCACCAUCGUGCCUCCUGUCGUAUUGAAGAUAGUGAUUCAGGUGAAUGUGCUCCUGUCCUUUGUGGUUCCCAUGGUCGCCAUAUCUGUUCUGAACGGGGUCAUCGCCAGUCAGCUGCUGCAUAUGUUCAGAGAGAAGCAGCAGGACAACCGCAUCUGCAUCGUCGAGGGUAACCCUACCAUGCUGAGCGUUGCUGUGGAGCCAAACCGCACACAGUCGCUGCGUCAUGGAGUCAUGGUUCUACGGGCUGUGGUUGUUGCCUUUGUGGUUUGCUAUCUACCCUACUACAUCCGGCGCCUCAUGUACUGCUACGCAGAGUUUACAGAGGAAGGAUAUGAUUACUACCACUAUUUCUUCAUGGUGACCAACGUCCUCUUCUACGUGAGCUCAGCUGUCAACCCAGUCCUCUACAACCUGGUCUCAGCCAACUACCGGGAGAUCUUCUUCAACACGCUCCGCUGCUUCUGCCUACCAUGUCGUCGCAAGAAACAGAGACGUGUUCUGAUCAGACACUCCACCAGCAUCUCCAGUAACCACACCUUCUCCUCCAACAUCAUCAAGGAGACCGUCUACUGA